UCAUAUUAAGUCUCUUUAUUGUUUUGUGGAGGUAAAAGUUAAAUUCCAUAACAUAUGAACUACAUACUGCUAAAACUACCCUAAGUAAGCUGGGGUGUGUUUCCCAAAAGCAUCGUUGCUAACCUGUUAGCAACUUAGUUGGUUGGCAAUGGGAAAUUGCAUUGCAACCAACAAAGUUGCUAACUUAGAUAGCAACGAUGCUUUUGGGAAACGUACCCCUGGUUGGCUAGUCUAAGCAGGUUUACGAUUAAAGUAGCUAGUUUAAACUGGUCCUUCCAGCCUGGCAAAGCUGGUCAAGUGAGUGGGUCAGCUGGUCUUCCCUCUUGAUCAGCCAAAAAAUUGACCAAACCCCAUCUAAAACCAGUCUGGGAUAAAGUUUCUGCCUGUUGCUGAUAAAUAUCUGUGGUGUUGUUUCACAUGAAAUGUUCACGUCACUGGAAAACAUAAGUCAUCAAGUGUCCCAAUGCAUUUUAGAGUAAAGCAGGGUCCUUAGUGUAGUGCCUGAACCCGUGUAGAGGACCUGAUUGAGACAUCAUUUCACCCUCUUUAACAGCAAUGUCCAGCUGUGGCGGGUGUUUAGUGGUGAAAACGACACAUUUGGGUUGCACUGCCUUUGAAAUUUGUAAUCUAUAAACAUUUAGAAAGCACAGCUUCUAUAUAUGAAGAGCUCAGAUGCAAACCCCUCUUAAAGCUCUCGUUCUUUCUGUGUUUUUGAGGCUUUGAUUGUGUUUAUAGUGGGCAAUAUAACACGUGUUCAUGUUUCAAAUGAUCUGUGCAUAUAAACACUGAGGGGUGGUUUCCCGGACAGGGAUUAUCUUAAACCAGGAUUAGGCCUUAGUUUAAUUGGGAAAUAUAACUAGUUUUAACAAACAUGCCUUACUAAAACUGAUGUAUUUUAAGAUAUGUUAGUGUAAGUUGUUUUCAGUUCGGACAGCUCUUACAUUUAUUUUAGUCUAGGACUAGUCUAAUCCCUGUCUGGGAAACCACCCCUGAUUGUGCAUCAUCAAUGUGAGACAACUGAAUUCCAUUUAUACAGACAAAUACCAUGUUACUAUAAACUAUGUUACUGUAAAACUGUAAGCUUUCAAAGAUGACACAGAAUAUUGAACUGCAGAGAUCUCAGUAGGAUUCAGACAAAUUUGGGACCUGAAAUUCAGAGGCUUUACACUGCUGCUAAUUUAUUUGAAUGUGGUCUAGAUGUCUCUGGUGGAUUUGGGAAAGAAGCUGUUGGAAGCAGCUCGUGCCGGUCAGGACGACGAGGUCCGGAUACUGAUGGCCAAUGGAGCGCCCUUCACUACUGACUGGCUGGGGACGUCUCCUUUACACCUGUCGGUGCAAUUCGGUCACUUCUCCACCACAGAGGUUCUGCUGCGGGCCGGGGUCAGCAGAGAUGCCCGCACCAAAGUGGACCGAACGCCCCUGCACAUGGCUGCGUCCGAAGGUCACGCUAGCAUCGUGGAGCUGCUGCUGAAGCACGGCGCUGAUGUGAACGCUAAGGACAUGCUGCAGAUGAGCGCUCUGCACUGGGCCGUGGAGCACAGCCACAGAGACGUGGCAGAGAUUCUGCUGCGCUUCGGUGCCGACGUCCACGCGCAGAGUAAAUUCUGUAAGAACGCGCUGGACAUCGCCCUGGACAAAGGCUGUCAUGAGCUCACUGAAAUCCUUCAGGUGGCCAUGAGGAACCAGAUCAACACGAACCCCGACACGAAUCCAGACUCGCUGACCGUUCACACGGCCACGCCGCAGUUCAUCAUCGGUCCCGGAGGCGUGGUCAACCUGGCCGGACUUGUCUCACCUGGAAACGCCAGCAGAUCCGCAGUCGUAGCCGCAGAGGAGUUGAUAACGGCGGACACGGUAGAUGGGGCCAUUCGACAGGUCGUAAGCUCUGGAGGUCAGCAGGUCAUUACCAUAGUAACAGAUGGAAUUCAGCUGGCCAACCUGCAGACUGGUACAGGCAUCAGCCAGCCCAUAAUAGUUACCAUGCCCGAUGGGCAGCAGGUAUUAACGGUGUCGGACACCGAGGUCGCGGAGGAAACGGUCAUCAGCGAUGAGCCGAUUAUUAAACGGCAGCGCGUGAAGGAAGAAGAAGACAAUGAGAUGUCCGAGGCACAUGACGUCCAAAUUCAGCAAACCAUCUCGCUGGACGACUUUCAGGAGAAAGUGUCUUUGCUAAAGCAGCUGGAAGAGGCGAAUCGUGAAGCUCAGAGAUACAGACAGCAGUUCCUGAAGAAAGAGCAAGAGGCUGAAGUUUACAGACAGAAACUGGAGGCCAUAACACGACAGAGUGCAAAGAAAGCACUGUGACACACA